AUGGCGAAGAACGAUACAAACUUCAAGGCUGGAUCCUUGGUGUUCGCCAAACUUCGCGGCUUUCCGUAUUGGCCUGCUCGAGUUGAAUCGAAAGUCGAGGGCACUUACUACGUGUAUUUCUUUGGAACCCACGAAACGACGGCUCUUAAUAUGAGCAAUCUACUGCCCUUCAAUGAUGAGACGAAGAAAAAGUAUGGCAGAAUCAAGAGGAAGUUCUUCGCGGAAGCGAUGGAUACCAUUCAGAAAGAUCCCAAUUUCAAAGCUGAUUGCGUCUUCAACAUCCCUGGCACGACGGUGAAGAAAACGCCAGCCGUCAAACCGGCGACGACUCAGCGUAAACGCAAACCGGUUGAAUCGAUAACACAAGCGCCACCGAAAGCGCCGCGUGAUCCACCGAAAAGACGAUCCCCUCCUCCGGGGGGGCUGUCCGCGUCGAUCGCAAAACGCGAGCGUAAAGAGAGCAAGCGGGACUCUCAGGAGGCUGGAGGGACUAAGAAAACGAUCUCUACUGAUAAGAAAUCGGACGAGAUCCUCGUACCUAAUUCCUUCAAGAAAGACUCACAGGAGACGGCCUUCGACGCGGAGGACAGUUCGAAAAAAGGGAAAUCUACGCUCGAUGUCGUUGAACGUGCCGUUCCGGUUGUGUACGAGUAUCUGAACAGCGAGCGGUCUCUCGCGGAAAUGGGCCGCCUACCGCUCAUAAAAAGACGAGAGCCCCCGCGUGACGCUCCUGCAGCGUCGAAUGAGGACGCGGCCGCCUCGACUGCCGCAGCCGCUCCAACCGGGAAAAACGAGCAGGAAGCGUUUUCAUCUCCCAUCAAGAAACGUAAAUUGUCUCCCCCGAAAAAGGCUCCAGAACGCUAUCUCGAAGACGCACCGCAACGCAGGAAUUCCGUCCAGAAGAAGGAUGCCGUGGAUAUGAGAACUGCCGACGACUCUUCGUUGGAUACAUCAUCAAAGUCUACCACUGAGCCAAAAGCUGCGAAAAUCACGAAACGAUCCAGCGGAUCUCAAGCAGGGAAUAAGAGAAGCACCGAGAAAGUAAUCGAAUAUACCCCCGGGCAACUCGUCUUCGCGAAAGUCAAGGGAUAUCCAUUCUGGCCCGCCAGAGUCAACGGGAUUGCAUCGAAUGCGAAGCCGGUGAAAUACAACAUAUUUUUCUACGGUACCCACGAGCGAGCGAAAUUGACCGCGAAAGAUCUCCUCCCGGUGAACGCCGAGACGAAGGAGAGAUACGGGAAGCCCAACAAGCGGAGCCAGUUUUCUGAAGGUCUGGUUGAAAUGAAAUGCAACCAAUGGGUUGAAUAUCCCGGGAGCUUCGUCUCAUCGCAGCCAUCGGAGCCGAUCUCAUCAUCUACCGUGUCAACAACAAAUACGACAACCUCGGCGGCGGCGGCGGCAGCAGCAGCGACGGCAGCGAGCUCCGCUGCCCCGACGAGACCCGUCGUUGAAAGUUCGCCGACAAAAAUCGCUGGAUCAGCCCAGCAGGAGCCUCAGUUGCCGCCAGUGACGUUGGUGCCCCAGCUGAACGUGCAACUAACUUCGCCUCAUUCACCUCAAGGCUCAUCUCAGAAAACCGGUUCAGACAAAGAGGACUCGGACUCUUACUCGGACUCAUCUGAUAGCGUAGGUUGCUCGAGACCCGAAAUGGGCGAACAGUAUUGGCGGCUUCUAGGCAACAAGUAG